GGUUUCAUAAAUAACUGAUGUGUUUUAUAAGAGUUGUUCAUUCUUUUUAGGCACUAUCUAAUAUUUUAAAUUCAAAGAGCAUAAAGUUGAUUGCUGGUGAUCCUUUGGGGAAGAAGAAAGUCUCAUAGAUUAAGAGUUCUGUCAAGCUCAUUUUAACAUUUUAUCUAACCUUAGUUUGUGUCCCCGUGGACAAACUGUUAUUUUAAGUUGUUGUGUUUUUCUCUCGUCGAUGUAAAUUGGCUUAUGAAGGCAAUACAAUUCCAAUGUCCACACUUUUUGAAGCUCUUUUAGUAGGAUUGGGAAUGGCAUAGAGCAUAAAUUUUUGUUGUUGUUGUGUUGCUGUCCGUGGUGCUGCACUGUCAUUCACAGAGAGCUACAUUGUUUGAGUACCACAAAUGUUCUGGUCGUAUUCAACUCUUCAGUGAAUGUUGGUGUUUGUUAUUGUUUUCGCAGAAAGUAUAUAGCCAGUUCAGUGUAUAUUCCAUGACUUCAUACGGUCAGAGUGUCAUGCAGUUUCUUAUUUUAACUCACAGUGUCGCUGUUCACCUGCAAAACCAUGUGUGUGUUCAGUACACAUCUCUCCACCCUGAUUCUGAUGUCAUACACAGGGCUUCAAGCUCGUCUCGUUAUAGAAAAUCGUCUACAGUGACAGAAGGACUGUAUAUCAGGCAGUUAGUCUAAUUUUUCCAAAUUUGUUCAUUUCGUAUUUUAAAUAUUUUUUGUUCUAUAUCUUGAUAUAUUUUUGUUCAGUUUCUUAAGAAUUCAAAAGGUUCUGUUCUGCUGUCGAGAUGUUUGGUCUUUUGUUCUUCGUGCUGAUGGCGCACACCGCUUAUGGAGACGUGAGCUAUUCUUUCCCGGAGGAGAUGAAACGCGGAUCUGUGAUUGGAAAUAUAGCAAAGGAUCUCGGGCUCGAUGUGAACAGACUGUCAUCUCGUAAGGCUCGCAUUGAUACUGAAGGUAACAGAAAACGAUACUGUGACAUUAAUCUGAAUACUGGAGAACUGACCGUAGCGGAGAGAAUCGACAGAGAGGAGAUUUGUGGAAAGAAAGCUUCUUGCGUUAUUAAACAGGAGCUCGUGCUGGAAAAUCAUUUAGAGCUUCAUCGCUUCAUUCUCAAUAUUGAGGACAUAAAUGAUAAUUCACCACAGUUCAAAGAAAGUGUUAUAAAAUUUGAAAUACGAGAAUCAGCGGACAAAGGAUCUCGUUAUUUAUUAGAUGAGGCCCACGAUGCGGAUAUUGGUAUGAAUGAAGUGCAGUCAUAUACACUUCAAAACAAUGACAAUUUUAUUCUGAGUGUGCUUACGGGGGCAAAUGGAGGGAAAUAUGGCGAGUUAGUUCUUAAUAAAGAGCUGGAUCGUGAGCAGCAGAAAGAGGUGACAUUAAUUCUCACUGCGGUAGACGGCGGGACUCCACCGAGAUCAGGUACUGUAGCCAUACACGUCACUGUGCUGGAUGCUAAUGAUAAUGCUCCAGUCUUUAGUCAGGCCGUCUAUAAAGUCAGUCUGCCUGAAAAUUCUCCUGUAGAUACUGUAGUGCUGACAGUGAGCGCUACUGAUGCUGACGAGGGACAAAAUGGUGAAGUGACAUAUGCAUUUGGUCAUUUACCUCAAAAUGUUCUGCAGCUAUUCUUCAUCGAUUCAGUAUCUGGUGUGAUUAAACUAAGAGGUGAGAUUGAUUAUGAAGUGGAGAGUACAAUUGAACUGCCCAUUCAAGCUAAAGAUGUUCAAGGAUUAGCAAGUAGAUGCACUGUAGUAAUAGAUGUUACUGAUGUCAAUGAUAACUCUCCUGUAAUCGCAAUAAAUUCUCUAAACAGUCCCGUUCCCGAGAACGCGUUACCCGGUACAGAGGUUGGCAUCAUUAAUGUUCAGGACAGAGACUCUGAGAAUAACGGACAGGUGCGCUGCUCCAUUCAGCAGAACGUCCCAUUUAAACUCGUUCCUUCAAUCAAAAAUUACUAUUCUCUGGUGACCACAGGUGAAUUAGACCGCGAGCUGCUCUCUGAUUAUAAUCUUACAAUCACUGCUACUGAUGAGGGCUCUCCGCCUUUAUCUUCCACUAAGAAUCUUCACUUGACUGUAGCUGACGUGAAUGAUAAUCCACCUGUAUUUCAGGAGCACAAUUACAGAGCUCAUGUGCAAGAAAAUAACAAACCGGGCUCCUCUAUUUGUUCAGUAUCAGCUACAGACCCGGACUGGAGACAGAAUGGCACUGUAGUUUAUUCUCUGUUGUCCUCUGAUGUCAAUGGCGCACCGGUGUCCUCCUUUCUCUCCAUUAACGGAGACACCGGGGUCAUUCAUGCCGUGAGAUCGUUUGAUUACGAACAGCUGAAGAGUUUCAAAGUGCUCGUGUUAGCCAGAGACAACGGUUCUCCUCCUCUGAGCAGUAACGUGAGCGUGAGUGUCUUCAUAUCGGAUGAGAAUGACAACUCCCCUCAGAUAUUAUACCCCUCUCCGGAGGGAAACUCCUUCAUGACCGAGAUGGUGCCCAAAGCUGCUCAGGCGGGCUCCCUGGUCUCCAAGGUGAUCGCCGUGGACGCGGAUUCUGGCCAGAACGCGUGGCUCUCGUAUCACAUUAUUAAAGCGACUGAUCCGGGACUUUUCACUAUCGGUGUCCACAGCGGGGAGAUCAGGACGCAGCGGGACAUUUCUGAAUCUGACAGCAUGAAACAGAACCUUAUUGUGUCCGUGAGAGAUAACGGACAGCCCUCUCUCUCAGCCACGUGCGCGUUGUAUUUACUCAUAUCAGAUAACUUGGCUGAAGUUCCAGAACUGAAAGACAUGUCUCAUGACGAGAGCAGCUCCAAACUGACGUUUUAUUUGAUCAUCGCGCUGGUGUCCGUUUCCACUUUCUUCCUGACCUUCAUCAUCAUCAUCCUGGCCGUGAGGUUUUGUCGCAGGAGAAAGCCCAGACUGUUGUUUGAUGGAGCCGUAGCCAUUCCCAGCGCGUAUCUCCCUCCAAAUUACGCAGAGGUGGAGGGCGCGGGAACUCUCCGCAGCACUUACAAUUAUGACGCGUACCUAACCACGGGCUCGCGCACUAGUGACUUCAAGUUCGUCAGAUCUUAUAAUGAGGGCACACUGACUGCUGACCUGACUCUGAAAAAAACUCAGUCUGCUGUGGAUGAUCUUGAAGGACUUGAUGCAGAAAUGAGCGACUCGUUUCAGGUAGGACUAAGUCUUUCUUUAUAAAUCAUUGUGUGGAUU